CUUGGUCAAAGACAGAAAUUUCUUCUUUCAAACUUACAAUAACUUGAUAAUCCUAACCAUAAAACUCUACAAAGCUUAAAGAAAAACAAAAUGGUUUUCACUAUCAAUCAACUUUAUGUGCCUCCUCCUCCUUGCUACUGUGAAAUGGGCUGUAGCAUAACAUGUAGUGUAUGGAGUGGUAAUAAUUGUUUCAUAGAUGCAAUUAUUGAGUGCUGGAAGAAAGGAGCAACAACAAUGUCUGCUUACACUCAGAUUCAAACCACAGAGAAAGUUGAUGAUUUUCCAAUGAGAUUCACACCAGAACAACUUGAUGAAAUUACAAACAAGUGCAACUACACUUCUUUUUCUUUUGGUAAGAUGAGACAACACAAAACCAUGUUAGGUUCUAGUGCUUCUGGAACUGACUUCAAAGGAGAAUUAUCAAAUGGACAAAAAGUUGCAGUCAAAGAUUUCAACUGUUUUAUAAUGGGAAUGGAAGAACAAUUCAUAGAAGAUGUUAGCACAAUUGCAAGAAUUCAUCAUACCAAUAUAAUCAAAGUUUAUGGCUUCUGCCUUCACCGUGAUAAAAAUGCACUUGUUUAUGAGUAUGUUGAAAAUGGUUCUUUAGCCAAGUACCUAUUCGACAGCAAGAACUGCGAUGACUUAGAUUUUGAAAAGCUACGUGAUAUUGCGAUUGGAAUAGCUAAAGGAAUUUCUUAUUUACAUGAGGGAUGUGAAUAUAGAAUAAUUCAUUAUGAUAUUAGACCAGAAAAUAUUCAUCUUGACAAGGAAUUUGUACCAAAGGUAGUUAAUAUUGGAUUGUCAAAGCUUCGAAGUAGAGAAAGUCACAUUGCAAUGAAUAAUCGUUUUAAAGGAAAAGCAGCUUAUGCAGCACCUGAAAUGUGGAAGGCUUAUCCAGAAACAUAUAAAUGCGAUGUUUAUAGUUUUGGUAUUGUUCUAUUUGAAAUUGUAGGUAGAAGAACGCAUUUUAUUGAUCCUACAUAUAGUGAAUCACAAAUUUGGUUUUCAAAAAGGACAUGGGAAAUGUUUGAGAAUAGUGAAUUGGUUGCUAUGCUUGAAUUUUGUGGAAUUGAAGAGAAAGAUACUGAGAAAGCUGAGAGAAUGUUAAAGGUUGCUCAAUGGUGUGUUCAAUAUUCACCAGAUGAUAGACCUUUAAUGAGUACUGUUGUGAAGAUGUUGGAGGGUGAAAAAGAAAUUUUACAGGCUCCAUUUCCCUUCCAUAAUCGGGUUUCGGUUAAAGAAAAUUCGACACAAGAGGGGAGCACUGCAUAUUCUAAUACUGCAACCUCAUCAUGGCAUACAUAAUCUUUGAGAGAAUCUGGUUUCAGAGCCAAACAAAAUACAUUUCAGAUUGAAAAACCUACUUAGUGCGUGACGGUGUGAAUUUAUUGAAGCUCUAAAGUAUGUCAUAGUAACAGUGGUGAAACGUGAUUUUGUAAAACUUACCACAAAUUCAAACAUGCGCUAAAAUGUAUCAUAGUUGUAUUGAGAAAACAAAAACUUGUGCUACAAGAAUUCCAUGGUUGUUUUCUCAAAUUUCAAUGCAAUAGUUUUUUUUAUUGAA